GCUCAGGACAGGCUCCGAGCCAAAAACCCUCUCCCUCUGCUGUUGUGGUUGUUUCUUUCUCUUUCCCAACCCAAUCCUCGCGGGCCAAGUUUGUGAAUAUCGUCGACGGCAUCGUUUUUUCGCUCCCAGUACAUCUUGUUCUCAAUCGCUUUUUGGAUCUUCAGCUUCACUCUUUCAGCUGAUUUCCGUCCGGUCUUUCCAACCCCCCUCUCUCCCUUCGUUCUACCCACUAUCUUAGGCCCAUCACCAACCACCUCGGUUUUCGGUACUCGCCAGGCAUUCAUUGACGAACUAUUGGCGAUAUCUUCUCCCUGGCACGUUGCUGGCUUUACAUUCGUUCUCUCUACUCGGAGCACCCAUCGUUAUUACGAACUCAAAAUCCGUUGCUACACCUACGUAACAUUCAACCACACAAACUCUAUUUCACGAUGCCUUCUAUUUUGAACCUCGUUACCCGAUCUGACAUGCCUGCCGAUUCUGAUGGCUCAAACGACAACAUGAUCAACCUCAUGCUUGGCCUCCUCGGCCUUGUCUUUCUCGGCCUCAUUCUGGUCGCCAUCCUUUUCCUGUUCCGCCGCGCUCGUCGUCAGAAGCAGCAAACCAUCCAGUCCGAGGAGGAUGGUCUGCCUUCUUACUACGACAGCAACAGCAAGCGAUUCACCAACCACCGCGGCCUCACCAUCGAGACAACACAUAACGGCCGCUCCAGCGUCUUCGUCGUCAACCAGGACGGCCGUCCUAUGCUUGCCAACCCCAACUCUCCUCCUUACUCCCCCGAUAACGUUCCCGAGAUUCACAUCACCUUCCCCGAUGAGAAGGAUGAGCAAGGCCGACAGCAGAGCGGUCGUGUGCUCGUCGUCCGCGUUGGUGAUAACUCGACCGUCGGUCUGGAGCCCAUGAACGAGGAGCAACUGCCCGCCUACGAGAAGGAGGCAAAGGGCCAGUUCUACUCCAUCGACAUGGACCAAAUUGGCGGCCUCAAGGAGAAGGACCGUACUCAAUUCCAAUAAAGAGAUGCCUCUCCUUGACGCUUCCCUUUCCUUUCGUUCGUCGCCGGCGAUGCAUCUUAAGAGCCGUCUGGACGACUUUGUCACGACAAAGCUUUGAAUACGAUUCUUCAUUUUGGGACUUUUCUUCCCACCAAAAAUUAGCGAACUAACCCGCCUACCAUGGCUCGACCUUGCCAUUGCAAUCGGAGAGUCAACGGCACUAUUCAUGACCCGUUACUAUAUAUAUACCCGUUUACGCUGCGGUCUAAUUUUCGCAUUGCUACCCAUCAAGUGGUCGCCCCUCCCCCAUCAUACUUUUGCAUAUAGAUCCCUCGCUAUUCCCGUCAACCGACUUGAACAGUCAAAAACAAGCUGCCAUGGUCCAAGGUCCUAGGAAAAAGAGGGUUUAAUGAAUGGAUUAAAAACAUGAGGCGGAGAGGGGUGGCAGUGAUGCACCCCGUGGAGAGGCCUUGGAUCACUCUGGCAGUUGAUGGGUAACAUGGGCCGAAGCAAAACACUUUUACUUAGAGUAAAACAAUUUCUUAUUUUCCGUGGGGUUGAGUCUUGGGAUACGACACGGAGCACUUUGGAGUAGCAACUAACUAUAUCUAUCUGUAGUCGAUAGUGUAUAAUUUCUUAUCCUAACAAUUUUGAGUAACUAUAGUGACCCACGAAUAAGUCUUUGUGAUGUUUUGUAGACUGGCUCAGAGGCUGAUUGAAGGGAGGUUGGCAAGGCAUAUGACCGGAU